GAGUGACUCUGGUCGUGAAAAUAAAAAACGGUUCCACUACUCCAUCUGCCUCGAAACUCGGUGGUUGCGAAAGAAAGUUUUAACGACUGAGCGUGUGAAUUUGGCCGGAAUAAUGUGAAUAAAGCGCAGGACGUUCUCGGGCGUUCAUGUUUUUUUUUUUUAUUAAAAAUGUGACGAUAUAGUUUUUGGUGUUUUCAAGUCUCAGCGGAGGGCCCGGGCAUUUGUUUAAUGAACUUUCAACGAUGGCAAGAUGGAUUCACAUAAUCCCCGUACUUAUGUUUCUGCAGUCGACCCAUUUGGAAAGUGAGGAAUCUUGCCAGACGCAUCUCAGCGUUUUGAAGUGGCCGCAGAUCACCUGCACCAACGUCGACUCCGAUUACUUUCAACAUUUCGAUCGGCCUUUGAACAGAACGCACUGGAUACGAUGCCUCAAUUGCACGUUGAAUGUAAUCGACGAAAAAACGUUUCGAUUCCCUCGAAACAAUGUCAGCAUUUUAGAAUUACCGUAUUCCGAUAUAAACAGCCUGAGAAAAUUCGCGUUUAGUAACUUUUUCCUGUUAAAAGUGUUAAAUUUGCGCGGUAACGCCAUCGACUACCUAGAGCCCAAAUGUUUCAGCAACUUGAAAAGACUGCUCCAAUUGGAUUUAAGUUCGAAUUUUAUCAAUAUACUGACGAAUAAUAUAUUUUCGGAUUUGAUGAACUUGGAUAUUUUAAACCUAAACAAAAAUCAAAUAUUUUACAUCCAACCUUAUGCGUUUAGCGGACUGAUAAACCUCAAAUACCUGUACCUAAAUAAUAACGAUUUGAAAAAGUUGGAGGACAAAAUAUUCGCACAUUUGACGAACCUGAAAAUUUUGUAUAUAGAACACAACAAUAUUUACGAAAUCCACCAAAAUGCCUUCCACAACAUGCGAGGUUUGCAAUAUCUCUAUUUAAACAAUAACAGUAUUAGCUUCUUAGUACAGUACAACUUUAGACCAUUGACUAGUCUGAUAGAUUUACAAUUAAGAUUUAACCACUUAAGGGAAAUUCAAGUGAGUUCCUUCAACGGGUUGAAGAACCUGAGAUACUUAUAUUUAGGAAACAACGAAUUAUCCUCCGUCAAGCCUUACGGCUUCAUCGGCUUGGAUUCUUUGCAGGUUUUAGAACUGACACAAAACUAUUUUGAUCUGAUAGAUUUUACAUUUUUUGAUAAACUUGAAAAAUUACACGUUCUGUGGUUAAGCAAAAACGUAAUUGCGGAGUUUAGGCUGCCGUUAAAAGCGGAAGUUCAGACUUCCCUCAGAGUUAUCGAUCUCAGUUUCAAUAACUUGACGAAUUUAGAUUUCCGUUUGAUGUACGGAAAAAUACCAAAUAUCAAGGAAAUUUUUUUGGCCCACAACUCUUUUACCUGUGAUUCUUUUAUAAAUAUGUUUGACUAUUUUACUGAUAGGAAUAUCACUGUGUGUUUAACUUUCAAUUGUAGCCUUAGCGAUAUAGAUUCGCACGUAGAUGAUAUUUGUGUUGUGGAAGAAGUACUUAAUAUGACGGAAUCGUAUAAUAUAACGGACUUUUCAAUUAAAUCUUCCUCGGCAUCUGCUGGCUAUAUGUGUGAUCCAUUAUUUACGUGUGUCUCUUCGGUUUUGCUUAUAUUUUGUUGGCGCGUUUGAAUUUUAAAUUUGUUUAUAAUUUAU